UGAAUUUUAACAAUGAAUUAAUAAUAAUUAAUGAAUAUUGAGUUUUAUAAAUCAGCGCUAUUUUUUUUGGUUUUAGUUUUUUUUUUUGCUGUGUUCCUGUUUUAUUAAUGUUCCCAUUUGCGCACCACGGUCACAUUGGCUUUGUUGCCAUUGUUGUUGCCUCCGAUUUCCGCAUUUUCAAAGGAUCCGGAUUUUGGAAAGCAAACGAUGCAACGAUCCCGUGCCAGCAGCACCAGCAGUGGCCGGCAUCCGGCGCCGCCGCCAAUUGGGCUGCCCCAGCCGCAGGCGCAGCCCCUGGAGGCGCCAAAGAUCAUUGUCAUCCAUCCUGGAUCGCAGCACUUGAGGAUCGGCAGAGCGGCCGACCUCAAUCCGCUGACCCUGCUGCACGCGGUGGCCUACAGGAGGCGUCCGGGGGCCAGCGAUAGGCCGCAUCAUGAUCCGCUGCUGCCGCCGCUGGACAACGUCAACUCGAACUCCGGCCUGAUGGUGGAGUUCGAGGAGCAGCGCCUGGUGGUGUCGCGCAUUCUGCAGCACUGCGUCGUCGAUAACAAAAACCGACUGCGGGUGGCCACUCCGCCGCAGCAACUGGCUCACUUCAACCGGAGCAGUCAGGCGGAGAAGGUGCCGGCGCCCAGUGGCCAAAUGGCGGACGAGCCCUGGCUGGAUCGCGGGGCACCCGUGCUGUUCGACGAUCGGAUCCUGCGACUCGGUGCCGUGGAUGCGCGCAACUACGACAUCCAUUUCCCCAUUCAAAGGGGCGAGCUGAAUGUGCACAAGGAGAAGGGCGGCUCGCUACAAGCCAGCAUGCAGCACUUGGAGCGUAUCUGGUCGUACGCCCUGGAGGAGCGUCUAAAGAUCCCGCUGCGUAAACUGGGCACCCACUGCGCCGUCUUGGUGGUCAACGAUGUCUAUGUGCGGCGGCAUCUGCGCGAGUUCGUGACACUGCUUCUGAGGCGUUUGGGCUUUCGGCGCUGCUUCCUCGUCCAGGACAGCGUCGCCUCCACCUUUGGUGCCGGCAUUGGGUACGGCUGUGUGGUGGACAUUGGCGCCCAAAAGACCUCCAUCGCCUGCAUCGAGGACGGCAUUUCGCAGCUGGAUGCCAGGGUGCGGCUGUCCUAUGGCGGCGGCGACCUGGAUCAGGUGCUCCUCCUGCUGCUGCGCAAGUGCGGCUUUCCCUAUCGCGAGUGCAAUGUGCAGGAGAGCUAUGUGGAUGCCCAUCUGCUGGACGAGCUGAAGGAAAAGUUCUGCCACCUGAACACCAGCGUUUGUGGCGCCCAGGAGAAGCACUUCAACCUGCGCAAACAGAACGGCCAGUGGCUGCGCUACACCAUACAGGUGGGCGAUGAGGCCCUAAUGGCGCCACUGGCCCUCUUCCACACGGAGCUGUUGAACAUCACGGGCCGAACGAAAGCGGUCUUCACGCAACAGGCGGUGCAGGACCAAUACGACUGCGAGGACUGCUUCGAUGCGGAGUAUCUGAAGGAGACGGGUCGAAAAAAUGGGGUAAGGGGUGGCGACAUCUUGCAGCUAUCAGCCAGCGCCGGAUACCAGCCGCGGCCGCAGCUGCCUGUGACCGCCGACGAUGAGGAGCUCAUUGUGGUGGAUCAGGACGAGACCAUGAGCAACUGUCAGUCGCAGCUGGGUGCACAGGCGGCUGGUGGGCAGUUAAACUCGAACGGGUGCUACCACAACGGCCAGGGUCUGGUAUUGUCCUUGGACCAGGCCAUAAUCCAGGCCAUCAACCGGCUGUCCAGCUACGAGACCAAGCGCAAGAUGUUCGGCUCCAUCCUGCUCGUGGGCAGCAGUGCCAAAUUGCCCGGUCUGGCUGCUUGGCUAGAGCAUCGGAUUAGCCAACAGGUCCAGUCCGAGGUGAACGUCCUCAUCAAGGGCAUGGACGCCGGCAUGGUGGCGUGGAAGGGAGCGGCCAUUAUGUCCGUGCUCGAGAGCGCCCGCGAGCUGUGGAUAUCGCAGAACGACUGGCAGCGCCAUGGACUGCGGGUGCUCCGUGAGAGAUCUCCCUUCCUCUGGUGAGGUGAUGAGAUGGUCGCUCCAGUGCAUUUCGAAUAUGUUUAGGGAUUAUAUAGGAUUGUAUAGGCUUUUUAAUUGUUCAUAGAGUAGAAGUAGUAUCGCAACCGUAGGCUAAAAUGCAUUACCCUGAAGGAAACACUCCGGAUGGGGUCAUACAAAUUUAUAAAACAUUAUGCAAUUAUUUUUUUUAAAGACACCUAACAAAUAUGCAGAAUGCAAACGCGAAUCUAAGCAUGUUUUUGCGUUUGCUUCUUUGUUGUUGCAAUUAUACUACUUUGUAUCAGUGGCAGAUUAGGUAAACAAAUUUAGAGUUCAGCGAUAAGCGCAGUAUAUACGCAAAUUUAACGAUUGCCAAAAAAAAACAAAAGAAAUUUACGAAAACAAAGAAUAAAGCUUUUCUUAUUGCUUUGUCCGUGAAUUUCGAACGUUAUCCAGCGAUCACGACUUUCUUAUCAAAAAAAAAAAAAAAAAAAA